AUGGACUUUUAUCAAAAAUAUGGAUUUCCUGAUGCGAUUUUAUGUGUAGACGGAACACACAUUAAAAUUGUUGCGCCAGCUAAGGACAAAUUCCUGUAUUUUAAUCGUAAAGGGUACUAUAGCAUCAAUGCUAUGAUUAUAUGCGAUAAUAAAAUGAGAAUUCGCUACGUGAAUGCGCAGUAUCCUGGCAGCAACCACGAUGCUCAUAUUUGGAACGUAAGCAGCGCGCGAAAUUUUUUUGAAAAUAAAUACCUAAACGGCGAACGAAACACUUGGCUUUUGGGAGACGCUGGAUAUGCUCUAGAGCCAUGGUUAAUGACACCUUUUCGUUCACCUACAACAGGAAGCGCCGAAGGAAACUACAAUAAAAUACAUGCAAAAGCCAGAAAUACUAUAGAAAGGACCAUAGGUGUAUUUAAGAACCGAUUCAGAUGCCUUCUGGGUGCUCGUGAGCUUUAUUACGAACCCAUGAAGGUUUGCCAAAUAGUGAACGUUGCCGCAGCAUUGCACAAUAUUUGUAUCCAUUAUCGCGUGGUUGAUGAUUUUUCAGAAAAUGUUGCAGAAAACCAUUUUAAUCAAACGUAUGAACCUUCUCCUUCAACAUAUACUGAUGCAGCAAUUCGGAUAAGGGAAUCUAUAUCUUCAACAUUAACACGACUUUGUACCUUUUAG